AUGAUUGCGGGAGAACCCGAAGAGGAACCUGAGGAGGAUCCGGAAGAAGGUCCUGAGGAAGAACCUAUGGAAGAACCCGAAGAGGACCCCGAGGAGGAAAUGGCAUUCUUAGGAGCGGAGCCCGAAGUCAUGAAUAUAGUUGCUGACUCCGGAGAUGUGCCACCACCACCUUAUGAGACCGACAUUGGUGCAUAUCUGAUGUCAAGUAUACCACCAGGAGGACACCCACCUUUCGCCCCGCGUGUUUUGGCCAAUUAUCGCUCAUUGGUAGCACCUGAGUACUUAAGACCAACACCCCCACCAGAGGAUGACAUGGAGCUCUAUGAGGUCCCAAUCACUUGGGAGAUGCCCCCACCAGUUGCAGUUCUCAAGAACCCUCCGCCUACCUUAGUCCCUGUGCCGCUAGUGCAAAACUUUGAGGAACCCAAUGAUUAUCUCAUGUUUGACCCAGAGCUAGAAGUUGCGAUACUAAACCUCACAUAG